GGGGGGCAGUUUGCGGGGAGCCGCGGCGCGGGUGGUGUAGGGGAAUCCGGUUCCCGGACUAGAACGUUCCUCGGACCGCCGUCUAGUCCAGCCUAGCCUAGCCCAGCCUAGCGCCAGGGCCCACGCCGGACCCUCGCCUCGCUCCCUUAGCACCGCUUUCCUAGCGCUGACUCCCGGGGCGCCACGCGGAGCAUCCUAAGCAGCUGCUGCCGCUGCCGCCGUCGGGGGCCCAGCGAGGGAGGCAGGAUCCACUGCCGUGGACGCUGACACGCGGAACCGGACUCGAGCCACAAACGCCAUGACCCACUUCAACAAGGGCCCUUCGUACGGGCUCUCAGCCGAGGUCAAGAACAAGAUUGCCUCCAAAUAUGACCAUCAGGCAGAGGAAGAUCUUCGCAACUGGAUAGAAGAAGUUACAGGCUUGAGCAUUGGGACAAACUUUCAGCUGGGCUUAAAAGAUGGCAUAAUCCUCUGCGAACUUAUAAACAAACUCCAGCCAGGUUCAGUGAAGAAAGUCAAUGAAUCUUCAUUAAAUUGGCCUCAGUUGGAGAACAUUGGCAAUUUUAUCAAAGCCAUUCAGGCUUAUGGUAUGAAACCACAUGACAUCUUUGAAGCAAAUGAUCUUUUUGAGAAUGGAAACAUGACCCAAGUUCAGACUACACUGGUAGCUUUAGCAGGUCUGGCUAAGACAAAAGGAUUCCAUACAACAAUUGAUAUUGGUGUCAAAUAUGCAGAAAAGCAAGCAAGGCGUUUUGAUGAAGGAAAACUGAAAGCUGGACAAAGUGUAAUUGGCCUGCAGAUGGGAACCAAUAAAUGUGCCAGCCAGGCAGGAAUGACUGCCUAUGGCACUAGGAGGCAUCUUUAUGAUCCCAAAAUGCAAACUGACAAGCCCUUUGACCAGACAACAAUCAGUCUGCAGAUGGGUACUAACAAAGGAGCCAGUCAGGCUGGCAUGUUAGCACCGGGUACCAGAAGAGACAUCUAUGAUCAGAAGCUAACAUUACAACCGGUGGACAACUCGACAAUUUCACUACAGAUGGGUACCAACAAAGUUGCUUCCCAGAAAGGAAUGAGUGUCUAUGGGCUUGGGCGACAAGUAUAUGACCCCAAAUAUUGUGCUGCUCCGACAGAACCUGUGAUACAUAAUGGAAGCCAAGGAACAGGAACAAACGGGUCCGAAAUCAGUGAUAAUGAUUAUCAGGCAGAAUACCCAGACGAAUAUCACGCGGAGUACCAAGAUGACUAUCCAAGAGGUUACGAAUAUAGUGACCAGGGCAUUGAGUAUUAGAUUUGCACAGAAAAAGCUCAGUAUUAGUCCGUCGUUUUAUUCAGCGAAAACCAAGCUAGCCUUGUGUAAUUUUUAUCUUGUCUUCCUAAAACAUUAUUAUGCUUAUUAUACUGAAAAGAAAGAUUGCCUUACAUACAUUCCUUUUUCCUUUCUCUGCCUCUUCCCUAAAUAGAUGCCUUUUAGUGCUGUGACAGUUAGAUUCUACAGCAUAACCAAUAAUUCGCAUAGGAAGUAAAAAGGAAUACUGUGAAAGGGGAGUACUUUUGUACAGCCAGUUCUUUUAUUAAAGAUCUAUGCAUUUUUACAAUCUUCUACUUUAAACUGGUAUUUUAUGGACCACAUGAAGCUUUUCUCUCUCUCUCUCUCUCUCUCUCUCUUUUUUUUACAGUUUAGUAUCUGGUUUCUACAUGGAAGACUGAAACUUUCAUGCUUAUUGUUAAAUGUGUUUUUUGCCAACUAAAUCUGAGAUGCAGCAUUUUAGAGAUUUAAAUAUCAUUGUUUCUACAGUAUUGUUUGCUAAUUUUUAAAUAAAGUCAUGAUCAAUGUGCAUUUGUGAUUAAACGUGUAUUCAUUCUAAUAGUUAAGCUGACCAGACACUUAAAGAGUAGUGUUACUAAAGGAGCUUGUACAAAAUAAGCCUGCAGAAGUUUGAGGUUUGGACAGUGCAUUUACCCUUCCUGUUUGUGCCAAUGUAUCAAUGUAGAGUUGUUGCUUUGUUUUCUUCAGCUGUAUUUAUUGCUGCAUUUCUCAGCAUAAACUGAUCUCAUUGUAUUUUUUAUAAAUAAAUAUUUUUUUUUAACACUA